AUGCAACCUCAAAGCUCAUCUUCUUACGGCGCUGAACGCCAAACGGUGCCUACAGGCGCCGGCCAGGAUGUGGGCCGCUCCUGCUGCAUCGUGCGGAUGGCGGGUCGCACAGUCAUGUUUGACUGCGGCGCUCACUUCGGCUUCAGGGACGCCCGCCGCUUUCCCGAGUUCGGACUUCUGUCCCGCGCGGGCCGCUUCACAGAGAUCAUCGAUGCGGUCGUCAUCACGCACUUCCACACCGAUCACCUUGGCGCGCUGCCGUACUUCACCGAGAUUUGUGGCUACCGUGGCCCCAUCUUGAUGACGUACCCCACAUUCGCCAUUGCGCCCAUCAUGUUGGCUGACUAUGUUAAGGUGAAUGCGGAUCGCCCUGGUGAGCGGCUGCCGUACAACGAGCAGCAUGUACGGGACUGUCUUCGUCGAGUGACGGCUGUCGACCUGCACCAGGUAGUGGUUGUAGCUCCGGGUCUUUCCUUCACGUUCCAUUACGCGGGGCACGUGUUGGGAGCCGCCAUGGUGCACAUGACUGCGGGACAUCUCACCGCGCUAUACACAGGCGACUUCAACUCCUCCCCCGACCGGCACCUCGGCCCCGCGGAGGCCCCGCUGGCUUUGCUCCAGGGGGGCCCCUCAGGUGCCUCUGUACGGCACCCUGACGUACUCAUUAGUGAAGCCACCUACGCAGCCACAUUGCGGGACUCCAAACGGGCGAGGGAGAGGGACUUGCUGGGCGCGGUGGUGGAGACGGUGGCGGCGGGGGGCAAGGUUCUCAUCCCCACCUUCGCCAUGGGUCGAGCUCAGGAGCUGCUGAUGCUGAUAACGGACUGCUGGGAGCGGAACGGAUUACAGGUGCCUAUUUAUUUCAGCAGUGCAAUGGCCGCCAGAGCGCUCGUGUAUUACCAGUUGUUGCUGAAUUGGACCAAUGCUAAUCAUAUUCACUGUGUCUUUGUAAAUGUUCAUAUAUGUGUGUGCACACACAUACAUACAACAUGGAUGAUGCUGGCCCCCGGACCCGCGCUGCUGUUCGCCUCCCCCGGCAACAUCGCCAGUGGGGUGGCACUGGAGGCGUUCCGGUCCUGGGCCGGCAGCUCCAAGAACUUGCUUGUGCUGGCCGGAUACCAAGUACGAGGUGGAGCGGGGCAUGACAACCUUUGUGGUGGUCGUAGUGGUGGUCGUAGUGGUGGUGAACGCCGCGUGGAGGUACGGUGUCGUAUCAAGAUGUUGGCGUUUUCAGCUCAUGCGGAUCUGCGCGGGUUGCUGGGCCUUGUGCGGCGGUGCAAACCGAGGGCGGUGGUGCUGGUGCACGGACAGAGGGAGCCCAUGGAGUUCCUGAGGGGCCGCAUUGAGACGCAUGUGGGUAUCGAGUGCCAUGCGCCGGCUACAGGUACCACCGUCACCAUAGCGCCGCGACGUGCCGUACCACUAGGUGUA